CGGCUGCACUCUCGGCGGGUCGCUUCAUAUGCUCGUCCCCAUUGCACGCCUUCGCGCAUCGCUGAUCUCUACUAGUUUUCGUACGAUGUCCUCUGCGUCGCAGUCGUCCUCGGGGCCCAUAGAAACCGCCAUCCGCCAGAAACUGACGGGGCUGCUCCAGCCACAGACCCUGUCAAUUACGAAUGACUCCUGGAAGCACAAGCAUCACGCCCCCAUGCGGGCUGCAGGCGGGGGAAACGGCGAGACUCACUUCUCCAUCCAGGUUGUGUCCGAUGCGUUCCGAGGAAAGACGACCAUCCAGCGCCACCGCAUGAUUCACUCUGCCUUGUCCGAGGAGCUGGCCCAAGGUUUGCACUCCAUAUCUCUGAACACGAAGACAGCAGAAGAGGCAGAGAAGGCGGCAGCGCAAUAGCGUGUUGGUCGGCGUACGCUGCCAGCGCGCAGCGUUUCAGCCUGGCCCGAUGAAAGCGGGCAUGCCUCUGCGAUCUGCGCAUCCGUGACUUAGCGCUCAGUACGCCCAUUGUCGGAGCGUCUUAUACUGUCGCUGUACUCCCACCCCAAUGAAACGGCCGGGCCGCUGAACCGGA